AUUCAUGUAAAUUCAAGUUUUGAAUGUUUUCAAAUCUUUUUCGGCUAUUUCUUUCCUCUUUCUCUCUCUCUUCUCCUACUUUCUCUCUAAUUCCCUCUUUGAUUUUGUUUUUCUCAACGUAUAGCGAACCAAAUUCACCUUCAAUUUCUUCUUUGUACUCAUCUUUGCUCCUAAUUCAUACAAAAAAUUCGAUCCUAUUUUGUCGUUUGAGGAAGAAGACUGAAAGUGUAGAGCAUUGUGCUGCUGUCACUGAUGAAGAUAAGAAUGUGUUAUUAUUCUUGUACAUAUUUUUUAGUUGAAGAAGCAAUUGGUGAGCGAUGUGUGGUCCAAGAUUUUCAGUUGUGUCAGUUUGAGUUUAUUUGAGCAAUAUGAGGAUGAUUUAUCUGAUCUUAUUAGGACAUUAUCUUCAUUUAAGGAGUAAAUGCUGACAAAGAAUAAUCCUGAAAAUGCAACUAGUUCAAAAGAGAUGAAAGAUGCUAAUAUUCAGGUUUUGGUUGGGUCAAAUGAAGUAGAUGUAAACGUCUUUCCUCUAAAUCAGUGUCUUAAUAAAGGGUAUGUUGAAGAGUGCAAAAGAAAUAGUUUCUGAAGAAAAAUCCAAAAAGGGCAGAACCUGUAGAGCUUGUGGGAAAUUUGGUGUUUCACAUGACAUUAGAAACUGUCCAAACAAGUAGUUUUUCAGAUAUUUUACUUUUACACGUGUUCCAUUUACUUUAAUAUGUUAUUUAUUUACUUUAACAUUUAACUUGAUCUACUUUUUAUUUUUGUGCAAGUGUUAUUAUACUUGUACUUUUUUUUAAUGUAUUUUACCUUUGUACUUUUCUUAUUUACUCGAAGUUGAAAUUUAUUUACUUUACAUUGUAAUUUAUUUAUUUUAAUCUGUCACUGAUUUUCUGAUUUUUAUUUUUGUGCAAUUAUUAUGAUACUUGGAAAUUUAAAGAUGUUUUGGAAGAUCAAGAUAUACUGAAAAAAUAUUAAUGUUUUUUAUUUAUUAUUAUUAUU